CGCUGUAGCCAGUCAGCGCGCAGCUGCCGCCACGAGGGGGGGACACUGUGCCGGUGCGUGUGCCAGUGCGUUAGCGCGUGCCUGCGUCUGCGUGCGCCCGCGUGUUGGCGCCUCCAGCCCCGCUACAACGGUCUGCAGCUGACUGACAGCACCCGCCAAACGCCCGCUGGAAUCCGCGCCCGCCACAGCCAGUACCGCUUCAACCGUGCCACCUGUGGAAAAACGCAGCUGUCAAAGAGACGCACCUGCUAUUCCUCGACGAGUGUUUUCUCUGCUCCUCGCAAGUGCCGUUAGUUACCACACGCAGUAUCCGAGCGCGCUGUGCAACGUCCUUUCCCUACUGGUCCGCGCGGAUUUGACGUCACUAAAACACAGUGAAGUGUAGACUCUCCAGGAAUUCUCCCAGAAGAAGAUAUAGUCGAAGACCAGGUGAAAGGAUUGCAACGGUUCCAGUAAGUUCCGGAGCGUGGGCGCGCGCGUAACGUCAUUAUUGCCGCGUCAAGGACGUUCCAGUGUGCGGAUCUUGGAUAGCGUCCAGCGACCGUUGCUGGACCAGCUCCGCGCAGCGUCUGGCCGCUCGACUACGUAUUUUGCAAAAACCAGAACUGCCGCGAGCCAUGGCGCUGCUGUGUUUCCAGCGUGCGGGGACGGUAAUUGCAGUCUCUGCCGAGCGGAGGCCAGCCGUUUGAUAUUGUGUCGCGUGUGUUAUUGUUCCUCGCUCUCUACUGUUAGCUCUCGCCCCGAGGCAUUGUGCUGCAGCGUUUAGUCGUGACACGAGCCACGAGAAACUACGACAGCGCACAAUAAUUGUGGUGGUGUUUCGUCUCGCAGGAGGCGGUAUCUUUUCAAAACAGUCUCCAAAAGUCAGUCAAGAUUUCGUCCGCCAUUCGUUCCCGCCUGACAGCCAUGUCGGAGGGCUUCCGCGCGCGGGACAUUGGCCUGCGCGCCCAGAAGAAGAUCCUCGGCCGCAUGGCCAGCAACAAGUCGGUGGCGAAAGUCUUCAUUGACGAAACCACGGGCUCGCUACUCGACAACGUCUACCGGCUGGCCAAAGCAUACACUGGAAAUCGCAAAGAAGCGGAAAAGUUGGUGAAGAACAUCAUAAAACUGGUUGUGAAGUUAGGAGUGCUCUACAGAAAUGGGCAGUUCAGCAAUGAAGAGCUGCAUCAUGCAGAACGCUUCAAACAGCGGUUUCAUUCAACUGCCAUGGCUGUUGUUUCAUUUUAUGAGGUGGAUUUUAGUUAUGAUCGUAUGUAUCUUCUAACUGCCCUGGCUGAAGCUCGUACAGCGCUGGGUUUACUGGUUGGACGCCACCUUACUGACAAGAGCAUCACACGAAUUGACUCAAUUUUCAACUUCUUUGGUGAUCCCCAGUUCCUCGACACAGUAUUUCGACGAGAUUCUGAACUGCGGCCAGAACUAGGGCGAGUGGUUGAAGACAUGAACCGAGCAAUGGAUGAAGGUGGCAUGUAGUGACUGUGACAUUCCCUUCUGGUUGUCUGUCAGCUUCAGGUAGUUGUGUGUGCACCAAUAAAAGUAAAGGUACACUAGACUGUUGGGACAGCUUAUCACCAGCGAUGAAGAUUAUCUACCACUAGCUGGAACAAAUGAAUCUAUUGCUUAUUGGAUGAGAACCACAUUGUGUUAAUAUUGCCAUAAAGUGUAUCAGCAUUUUUUAAAAUAUCUUGCCAGGUAUAUACAUUGUGAAAAAGAGGUUGGUUUUUGCAAAUUUCUGUACUACCUCUGUAGAAGUACAGAAUUCAUUUUUCUCCCCAAAGAUAUGGCCUUGUAGGCAGCCACAUUCCAUAUCAUUGUUGUAGAGUGGUAUAGUUGUCUGCUGAACUAAGUAGCAUGAAGGCAAGUCCCAGUUCUUUCGCUGUGUGCUUUGAUUUUUUCAAUAACUCACUAAUGCAUCCUCACAGCCUUCUUACAUUUCACUGGCAAAUUUGACAAAAUCAGUUUGAUUUUGCUUAAAAAAUUUGCUACAGUUUUAUAACUUAGUAAAAAAAUCUACAAAUUUCAAAAUGUUUCUCAAAGCUUGUUUUUAAAUAGUCUGUAAUGACUCAUUUCAGCUUUGUGUAAGAAAAGGGACUUGAAUAAGAGGGCUACAGUAAGAGAAUACUUAACUCACAAAUGGAGAUACGACUGGCAAAGAAAAAAUAUACUGAAUAUGGAUUCAUCAGUUUUUGAACCCACCAUAUGAUUGUCACAAGUGAAGUUAUUUGUCACUCCUGCAACUACAAUAAUUGUCAUGUUCUGAAUUUUGCACCUAGUUUUCUCCACAGUUCGAGCUAUACUUCCCGGAUAAAAAUUUGUGUAAUAUAACAUUUCAUUAAAGAACUUACAAUUGUACAUAUACUAAUCUACAUGCAAUCCCUAUACAAUAUCAGCAUCUUUCAUUGCAAGAAGUCACUGCCAUAUUUUGAGAAUUUAUUUGAUUAUAAAGUUGUGUCAAUAAACAAAUAUUUGCUGCAUAUAUUUUGAUAAACUAUUUGACUAGUCUUCUAGUAAUGUGCACAUCAAACUGUUUAUGCACUGUGUCAUUUUAUAAAAACCUCAUACAAGUCACUGCCUUUGUUUUGCUGAUGUUUGUUCAAGCAAGUGAAAUUCACAGAGAAAUGAGAUAAGAUAAAUUUAUUAUGAGUAACUCAUAAAUGUGUAAGAUAACAUUUUGCAUCUGUUAAUUUAUGUACAUACAUAUCACAAAUGACCAAGGUACAUCCAAAAUUUUGUAAUGCAUCUAUACAAUGUAACCAUAUAGUAUUAUAAAAUGCAUUAAAUAGUGUAGAAGUGUCAAAAGAAACUAAAAAAAAAAUACUUUCAGAAAAGGUAUGUAUCUCAGUGAAACAAUAGGAAUCUGUUUGAUCAGCAACAUUGUGGUAAAGCCCUAUGGACAUUUUGAAUAAAAGUCUUACACUUUCACAGUUUUACAAAAAAUUUAUAACAUUAACCAAGGCACACACACACACACACACACACACAUUUUGAAUAAAAGUCUUACACUUUCACAGUUUUACAAAAAAAUUAUAACAGUUAACCAAGGCGCACACACACACACACACACACACACACACACACACACACACACACACACACAUACACACUCACUCACUCUCUCUCUCUCUCUCUCUCUCUCUCUCUCUCUCUCUCUCUCUUUCUGCUAAUUCUUCUGUCUAUCCUAUCUUAAUGCCUUUGUUUGAAAAUAUUUUCUAUGAGUGUGCUUACUUUCCAUCUGCUAGUGUAGUGGCAUUGGACUAAGAGAGCUUAUCUUGCAUGUAUGAAAAUACAACCAAACAUGGGAAACACUAGCUGGGAUAGUUUUCAUAUCUUACAAGUUAAUUUAAAUACCUUACAACAAUAUAGGAAUGCAUGCUCAAUUGUGACCCUUGCUAUAAUGGAACUGCCCCACUCAUUUUGCUCAUUGGUAGUGAAAUCAAGUAGUAUGACACAAGUAGUUAUUUGUUUUCCAAGUUGUAUGCAUCCUGUUCAAAGCAUGUGUGUAUUCUGCUAACAUGUAGUUAUAACUCCUGAUCACUCCAGUAAAGAAGGCAGUAAUUUUUAAAUACCUUCCUAAUUCCAUUGACUCUGUUAAAAAUCUAGUUAAAAACCAUUUGAAUAGAAUAGUCACAUGUAUCGUGUAAUAUUGCAGACAUUAACCCAUUUUAUGUCAUAAGCAUGCAAGUAAGAGACUACCUUCUGGAAACCAAAUAGAAGCAUGCCAUUGGCCUUCUGCUGUUUGUACUGGUGACAGAUUUUACACUUGUCAUAACUACAGGCAUAAAUGAAUUUUGUAGAUCAGCCAACCAAACAUCAGUAAAAUGUAUUCUGUCAAAAGAUACUUUGUAAACUACAGUGAAAAAUUUUACUUUGCUGUAUUUGAGACUUGAUGAAAUGAUAUGCAUUGUGGCAUAAUAAUAAGAGUGUAGCUGUCCUUUGUGAUAACUUGAUUUACUGUUUAUGCACCAUUCAUGUGAUAAAUUGUGGGGGGGGAUUGAAAGGGAAAAGAAAGAACAAAAAUUAUGAACUUCAAAAUUUGAUGCUUCUAUUUUACGAGGCUCAAGGGGAACAAAUGGUUGCUGGUACAACAAUGCAAUAGCUAUUUUUAAUUAACUGAAAGCUCAUGCAGAAGCAUAGUCAUAUCUAGAUUUAUGCUCCAAGAUAUACAGGAUGUUUUUUGUGCUUUCUUCAUCUGUCAAAUGAAUUAUUGUUGAGCCUAGAGGGGAGCACAUAUCUUGUACGAAAUUGUAUUACUAUGUCUAUAACUAUUUAUUAUACUUGAUCCUGCUUGUUAUCAGGUGUAGUACACAAUGCACAUAGUUAUUUUUUCCUGUAUGUCUACUCAUUAAUGUAAUGUAACUUAUCCUUUGUGCAUAUUAUAUUACUCCAUACCUGUGACCAUAUACAAAAUGAAGGCAGUACAUUCCACUUCCAUUCUGUGCUAGGGUUUUUACAGUGCAAAGUUACGAUUUUUGUUAAAAAUAAGAAUACAGGACCCGUAUACGGGAUAACUUCUUAUUAAUAUGUCACUUUCAGCAAUUUCAGUAACUUUAAAUUGCAUUUUCAGCUAGUAAAGACAAAAUAAGAUACUAUAUUUUGAUACUGCACUUCAAAAUAAGACAAUAAAGAGUCCGCAGAAGGAUACUGUUCCACAUUGAGAAACAGGCUUGCAACAAUAGUAAUUUCUCUAUAAAUUAAUAUUACCAUAGACCAUUCACAUUAAUUUUCCUGUUGCAGUUUUUACUAACUAAAAUCAUUGGAACAAUAUUUAGGUCUAUGAUGAAUAUUUACAUAAAAAACAAAUAGAAAGCAGAAGUUAAAAGCUUGAAACUUAACAAGACCAAAAUAAAAUAUUAUACUAAAUGGGCAAAAUAAGGUAACAGAGAAGUGGUGCUGUAACUUUCAUAUCCUUUGAAAGUAUAGCAUCUUUAUUGUGGGUGUUUCUUAAUAUCUCCCAUCAAAAAUACCUUUGAUUUCAGGUUUUUUUUUAGUAAUUUUGUUCUUACAUUGAAACAUAUUUUUUAUUCUACUUCUCAUUGGUCUAAGGUAGCUUUGUAUUUUUAAAAACAAAACCAUUACAGAACAUUCAUAGAAAAGUUCUUAUUGAUUCCAUUUUUAUGAAGCUUUUAAUUAACAACUCAUGCCAAUUACUCAGUCAACCCUGAUCAUCAAAUGAAUUGUAAUGCACAGGAUAAUUUUCAUAGUGGUACUCUUGAACAUAACAGUAACACACAUUGUCAUGGCUAAUUUUGACAGUUACUACCCCAGUUUAUUUGGGGAUGCCACUAAAUCUGUUAACAUGUUGCCAACUUUGACAGAAACAGUUUAAAAAUGAAUGGUGUAGAUGCCAUUACGUAAAGCCUUUGCUGCUCCUCGUAGACCUUGCAUCAGCAAAUCAAUACGACACCAUCAGUCUCUUAGUGUAGUUGGCAGCUAUCACAGCACCUAGUCUUUGACAAGGCAAUGGUCGUAGGGUAUAUACGAGGGUAAUCCCAAAAGUAAGGACUCCUAUUUUUUUUUAUAAGUACAUAGACCUGUUUAUUUCUACAGUGGUUUACAUCAGUUUACAGCUUUAAAAUUUAGAUAUUUUUCAAUAUAAUCACUAUUUCUGUCAAUGCAUUUUUGUAGAUGCUGUAGCAGUUUUCGUAUGCCCAUGCCAUACCAGCUCACCGCCAUGCUAUUCAGAAAGUUAUGAACCUCAUCUUUCACCUCGUCAUCGGAGCUGAAUCGCUUUCCAGCCAAAUGUUCUUUUAACCUAUGGAACUGGGUGCCCAGUCAGGACUAUAGGGUGGGUGGUGUUCCACUAAAACCGUUGGAGGAGAGCAAUGGUUUGCCGAGCAAUGCGUGGGCGAGCGUUGUCAUAGGGAAUGUGUACCCCCUUGCUCAGCAUUCCUAUUCUCCAGUUCUGAAUUGCCCGUUUGAGUUUUUUCAGAGUCUCACAGUACCUCAGCAAUCCUGCUCCGACGACGAGGUGAAAGCAAGAGAAUCAUAACUUUCAGAACAGCAUGGGGACGAGCUAGUAUGAUAUGGGCAUACAAAAACUGCCACAGUGUCUACAAUAAUGCUUCGACAGAAAUGGUGAUUAUAUCGAAAAUGUUCAAGCUGUAAACUGAUGUAAACCAUUAUAGAAAUAAACAGAUCUAUGUACCUAAAAAAAAUAGGAGACCUUACUUUUGGGAUUACCCUCGUAUGUAAAAUACCAAGUCAGCCAAAAAGUUUGAAAAUCAUCCUGUGAAUAAUUGCAAGCAAGUCAUUUUUUUUAGCUUUUUAUGCAGUUCCUACUACCAAGAAAACAAUGUUAAUAACAUUGGAUGUUAUGUUUCUUUCAGUAAUUGAAUGGAAGUGAAAAUGCUGUAAAGGAAAUAUGUAUGUUACUCCUCGAGGCAUAAAAGAUUGUUUGUUGUGAAUGUGAUUAAUUGCUCAAUAUUUUGUUACUUAUGUUGUCAACACUGGUCUAAAUACCGAAAUACGUAUGGAAUUUUGUAAUGCCAACAAUACCAAAUCAUUUUCGCUUCUAUUAUUUAUUGGCUAUGUGCUCCACAAGUUAACUGACGGUUUUCGAAGACGAAUUUUAUUAGUGUGCUAAAUAUCAGUGUACACUGAAAACACUUUAGCACUGCUUCUAGUGUGAAGAUCCAUAUUUAUACAUUUGACCAAAAAAGACCAUAUCUAGUAUAAGACUCUUUUGUAUGAAAAAGUGUAUCACAGUAAUCUCACUAUUGUAAUGAAUGUUUAUAAGUCUGGUAGGAUGCUUGUAAAUGUAUGAUAUUUGUAAACUUUUGUAAAGCACUGUUUGUAUUUUAUUGUUAUUAAACCAGUCAGUUAAAA